AAUGUUUAGGUGACGUAGAAUUUAACUAUACGUGAUAUUGAGAUAGUAAAAAACUGCGAUGGAAGUAGAAAUUUAAAAUAUAUGUUUAUCGUUAUUAACUACCAGAUAAUCUAUAGAUAUCUGUAAAUCGAUCUUCGAUAUUUUAGAAUAUUUUCGUUCCAUUAUUCUUGUCUUUAACUACGUCCCAAACGAUCCUUUUCCUCGUAGGAAUAUCCUCGAAAGCUACAAAAUCUUCGUUCAUUUAAAAAUUCGACUUUCACUCUCCGUUCUACAGCCAACGUUACCGAUAUCGUCUCAGUUGUCGGUUUAGGAAGCGGAUUCUCUUCAGAGGGAAGACUCGAGGGUCUGCGGCAGGGUAGCGCAGGGUCUACGCAUCGUCCAUCAUUCGCUGAAACGACGAAACGCUCGGUAGGUUCGGGUUUUCAGAGAGCGGAGCAGAUCUGCAUAGCGAGUCGGCAUCUCGGGACGAGCGAGCUAAGUGCGGGAUUAUGCAAAGCAGCGGCCAUACAGUAUAAAAAUACGGAGCGACUCCGCGCCAUCUUUUCCGGACCAUUCUAAUAACUCCCUUCUAUCCAGCUUCCUCCAGGCCUCUAGCUACCUUCCUCGACCUCCAACCCUCCUCGUUCCCUGGCGCUGCUCGGCCUGCGUCGACGACCAUGGGGGAAUCACGAACCCGUGCACGCGGAACGGUCACCCCUCUUCCAAGAUUUCGGCAAAUAUAAUCGUAAAGCCGUCGACAAGACCGUCGCGACGCCUGUGCAUUGCAUCUACGCGAUCUUCAGCGUUCUAUAAGGCAUUCUUUGUUGCUUUGCGCCACCCCUUUUGUCUCGCGCGUCUAUUUUUCUUAAUAGAAGUAUACAAAAUGAAGAUCAUUCUUCGAGAUACGUUGGAUUACACGGAACUGCUUCCACACGAUUAUUCAUUGUGAUUAAAUCGGCGUUAAGGGGUGCGCUCUUAAGAGAGCAUCGCGUUCGCGCGUCGAUGCCAGUCACGCCGAUGAUUAAUGACCCAUGAAUAUUUACGCGUGCCAUUAAUUUGUAUCGUUUGAUUGGUUGCUUCCUGCACACGCCAGACCAUAAUUCGUAUACAUCGGAUCGUCGGGAUUUACAAGCUCUCGAUAUCCUUCGAUUUUAAAUCACCGUUAUCAGGAACCCCCUAUAUAGAAUUCCUACAUCUGAUCGGGUCGAUCCUGAAAUCCGAGGGUCGCGUACGUUUCGUGGCGCCUCGCCACUUAAAUUCUGAAACUUCUCGCCUAGGCGACUCACGUUUUCCGCGAGCGAGGCGCGAGAUAGCGGCGUCCGAUAACGCCCGGUUGGAAGUCGCAUUAAUUUCUCUCGGUCGACUCCCCCUCUGUGUGCCAGUGGUAGAAACGCGACAUGGGGAUGGUACGGUUCUAUCGAGGGUUGUGGGGGCUUGGCGUGUAGGUAACGGCACGCAGAAACGCUUCCUCGCCGGGCGUUUAGGUAAGGUAUUCACGUAACACAUAAGCAACCGCCACGCGCAGCCCACCGUGUGCACAGAGAUAAGAGGCGAAGGUGGCAUCUUAGGUGGCACUUCGAAUAGAAUUAAAUUCCCCGAGCAACUGCGGAGCAAGUCGAUAUCGUCUCCGGAUGAUAUCAACAAGAGCGGCAGAGAAGGAGGGAGGACAAACUUCUCUCCGCCAUCCUGUAAACGCGCAAAGUGAAUUCGAAUUUCGUCGGAGACGUUCGGUUGGUGCGGUAGAUUUCGAAGCUACGGAUCAAUGUCGUUGCAGUUUUGGUGUUAGCCAAAAGAUGCUGUGGGUGGGCUUUGAUCGAUGUUUAUUUGGAACCCCGUAUUGCGGAGCCGAGUGAUCACAGUUUGAAACAACGCUACGGUUGAAUGCGAAGAUUCGACUUGGAAGUUUGAUUGGAUAUAACUUUGUAACUUCCGCGAACGUUAUCACAAAGUUCCUAGGAAAAUAAUAUUUGGAUAUAAAAAUAAUUGGCAAUUAUGUCAAGCAAUAAAGCGAGAUUGCGAAGAGUCUGGAUAAUAAGCUGGCUCGUCAUGAAGCUGUGCCACUUUUUGUAGGGUGAUUCCAGGAAUUAAGACAGUCAGAAACAUUUGAUGGCUCACUUGGUAUGCAUGGUUCCGCUUAUAAGUCAAGAAAUUGCUCAAGCGGCCGUAAAAUCUAAAUCUCUGGUACUCGUCGUCAGGGCUGCGUACCUCUUCCCCUUUCGCGGAUGACGUACACCGCGGCCAGCUAUUUUCGAGAAUCCUCUGAUCCUCAUCACACAUUCAAUUUAUCAAGGACUCAAGAUGUACUACCCUGUUUUUUCGAGCUGUACAAAUCGUUUGUUCAUUUAUUUCUUUUCAUUGCCAGAAGACAUGCAGAAAUUGGACUUUCCAAUUUGACUGGAUACCGCGGUUUUGUAAUAUUUUUCAAACUUUCGCAAAUCCUUCGAUCGACUAAUCUUUAUUCGAUCGAUUUAAGUCACGAUUCAUUCGUGGUAUAUGGGACGCAAUUCCACAGAUUAUAGGUCACGAUUUUAGCAAGCUUCUGAAGAGGUAUGAUUGGCCUAGGGACGUAUCUCGAUGGGAUAUUUCCUUGAAACGCGGCGAGCUUGUAUGCGACCAAUGUGGAUGCCGGCUUUUAAUGGAAAAUCGACUGCGCCCGGGGAAACCCGCUGGAAGAGAAUCACGAUGAUUCCGUGAAAUAUGGAGGCAGGAGCGAGCAGGUUUUCGACGGAGCCGGUAAAGCUGCACAGAGUGCUGGGGCUGCGUUAAUGGGUGAUUGAUAAACGACCUUCUCUCAUCAACUGCAUCGGCUGCAUAUUUAUCACCGGACAGACUCAGCAGUCCUCGUGUUAGCGUCAGCCAACUGGAAAGUAUCGCAAGAUAUUGCUCGGAAGCACGUCGAGUCGUUUCUCUUAAAAAGGAAUGAAUAAAUUAAACACCCAUUGGAUUUCGGACAUAUAUAGACUAGACGAUGUAGUUGAAAAUUAAUUCGAGUAAUCUUCUAGAAAUUUUCGCAUAAUUCAAUGCAGCAAUGGGGGCCAUACGAGCGAAUGGGAAGCUUUCUGCAAGGUGUCCCUUUGGUGAAGCAACGUCAGUGUUAACAUUCCCUGUUACGAUUCAGCGUUAACAGUUCACGCGUGUCAGUCACGUGCCGGUCGACCAGCGACCCUCUGCUCGUUUAACUCGGACGAAUUGGGCGUCGCGAAGUUGCCCUUUCUGUCCGAUUUGGAGGAUAACGAGGACAGAUGCCUGCGAAAUUACACUUAGAUGAUUCUCACGAAUCCGAGUCUUCACUCCUCUCGAUAAAAUAAUAAGUUUUUCUUUUUUUAGUUCGUUCUUAAAAAAAAAAAAGGACUGGCAGUGGAGAAAAGGUAGCAAGGAUAGUCGUUGGAGCGUCAGCGGAGAAGCAUAAAGUGGUAUUAGGGAUUGGUAUAUCGCCAUCAGAAGCGCGCAGGGACAGGAUGCCACGAUCGGCAAUAAAUAUGGUUCAUAAGCCAGGAAUGGCUGGUGAAAGAUAUAGAAACGUUCCUAGACGUCCCGCAGCGAGUCGCGUGUCACACAUAACGUCGACGAAACGGCUCUGUCGACUUUACGACCACGAAUUAGGAUUAAACCCGGCUUGGACCGUUCGCCAUCAUCUGCUUCGUUGAUAGUCGAAUGAUUCAAUUUAUUCCAGCUUCGAGAAAAUUCUCCUUUUCUCUUACUCGUGUGGAGCAACACCGGGAGAAAUGUUUAUAACGGUGGUUCGUCGUAUAAUAAUUAUUAAUCUGGUUGUAGUAAAUAAUUUCGAAACAGGGAAGCUGGGAAAAACUUAGAUACAGGUCGUUUCGUCUUCCGUGAUCCGCGAAUCUCCGCUGGGGUCGGCCAGUCCAAUCGAAAGGUCAUUACAACUUUUUGCCGACUCAAUCAAGAAGUUAAUGUCCUUUAACCUCUAGGCGUUCCCCGCAGAGUUCGCAGAAUCCCGGGAAUCGUGAGCGUAAGAACUCGACGGCUCUCACAUGCCGGGCAAAAUAGAUCACCAGUUUUAUGAUUGAUCGCCUAUUGGCUUCGCGUGCUAGCCAGCCUUUUUACUUCCUUUUUUUCGCGAUAGCGGGUAUUAUUGCUCAAGCAUAGAACUCCAGUCUCACUCUGCUUCCUUUACUUGUAUCGUUCCGUUUUACUAUUUUUAUGCUUUAACAUCCGCUGAAAAAAUAUUGCAAAUAUUAACAAGCUUUGCCGAAUAAUUUUAAGUGAAAUUUUGUCACGAUGGAGGUGUUGGUAAAACAAUGGCGUUGAAAAGAUGAUAAAAAAUUGUGAUUAUCGGGUAGAAAUGCUUUCGUAAGAGCCGCAUAUCACCUGGAGGGAUCGUGGUAUUUAUCGAACUGCCGAGAAAUGGGAGGAAUUCGUCAAGAAGAUAAUCCGUAAAAUGAUGAUCUCUGGUGGCUCUGCUGGUACCUUCUGUCCGCUACGGUCAAUUUAAUGCACCUCGUUUCUCUUCGGUAACGAGAUGUUCGUAAGAUGACCAACUAUUAAACCACGAAUAGUCCUGAACUUCAAAAAUAAAGAAUUAAAAUCGAAAUGAUUCUUCAACGUCGUUGAAUCUAUAUGCAACCUUAUAAACGUUAAAGACGAAAAGAAAGAUCGGAGAAAAGAUUUCUCUCGAAUAGAAAAUGCUGGAGGGAAUGCUCGAAAAGUCGGGGCGAAUGAUCAUUGGCGGGAUAAUCGGGCACGGUGGAGGUCCAUCAGCGGAUUCGACGAGUCUGCCGAACGUCCAAUAUCCAGGAGAUCGACCAUAAAAAAAGGAGUCGAGGCUGGCGCGGGCGUUAAAAAUAUUCAAGAUCGUUUGUCAGGCUGAAUUACAGCCCCGCUCGGGCCCGCCAUCACCCCCAUUCCCUUUAGAUCUCGGGCUAACGGGGUAACGGGAUCCUGCGGAACGCGUUGCGCAACGUGGAGAGAGGGCAGAAGAGGAAAGAGUCGACGAGGACGGCUACGACGACGACGACGACGAUCCCGGGCACAUGUGUCGAACCUGAAAUAUGUAGGCGUGGUCUGGAUGGGACUAGCAGACGCGUCCCGACGACCGAAUAUGUUCACCCCGUUCGUACGCUCCACCCCCGUCUAACCCUGGGAACGUUGCCAUUGGCCGGUGCCACCCUCGUUGCGCCUCCACCUGCCACGCCGAGCUACCCUCCGCGGGAUUCUACCCCUAAAUACAGGGGAUGCGCGGCCGGUUCCCUCAUUUUAACGUGGUCCGCCGAUGCACGUUGUACCCUUGUCCUCGUUCUCUGUGUUUCUUCUUCGGUGUUACUGCGAUCGGAUCGCUCAUCUGUGCCGGUGUUAUCACCGACGCUUGUGAUUAACUUCAUGUUUGUUAUCCGAUGGAAGGAAACUGUGUGAACUGAUGUCUUAGACCAAGGAUGAUUGACACCCGAAGGGGGUGAGCAGCGUGGCUGUUACACGGUGAUUGCCGGAGGAAGAAUUCUCUGUUGGACGCGUGGUCCGGUCGAUCAUCCGGAGCGAGCAGGAUGACAAUGGAAGAUCGUACGAGUGGCAUCGACCGUGCCGCCCCCGCGACGUCUACGACGGCCACGUCGGGGUUGACGUCGUCCAGUCCUCCGUCUAUCAGCGACGUCACCUCCGACGCUUCGUAUCCUCUUCAGCGUGCUAGCAAGCGUUCCUUCGACGUGGCGUUCCUCGUCGCGCCUGACGAGAACCUUGCUCGUCGGCAGAGCGAGAAAAUGAGGAUGGUGUCGAGCAGGAAGGAUCGUAUUCGCGAAGAAAUAUCAACGGAGAACAUCUUGGACUCGGAUAGACUGCCGCAGAAUCUCACGAUCAAGAACUACGACAACGACACCGGUGGUUCCGAUAGGAGGAGGAUGAUGCAGUGCACGGAGAACUCUUUAAGUCCUCCAUAUAUAUCUCCGAGAACGCUGACUCCGACGUUACCAGGUUUGUCACCUGAUACCGACACUCGGAGGUACGUCUCUGGCACUCGUCUACAGAAAUCGCCCAGUCCACCUGCGUUUGCUACUCAUCAGUCGAUGUUAACCACUUGCCCGGAUGCGGUGGAGCCAAAUCUGACUUGCAACAAGGUUUACGAUACAGUUAUACCCUGUCCGACCGACAGACAUGGAGAAUCUCGAAGCGCGUUUACGAAGGUGAAUCUGACAGCACAAAGGAACGGCUUCAACGACGAUGGACAGACUUCGCCAAGAUCCUCCAUAUCGCCAGACGAUCGUACCGGGUACCAGAGCAGCGUCAGUCCACCAGUGGUACCACUGACAGCUACUACUGGAUACAAGUACGCGCCGUUUCCCACGAAAAUGUCUUAUCCUUUCCUGGUCAGUCCCGAGAGCAGUCAACCUGGUCUACUGGAGAAUUUGAAGAUACCCCAGAUUGCCCAGCCACCCAAAGUACCCAGUCCAAAGAUACCCAGCUUCCGACCGGAUCUACCACCAGUUUAUCCGAAUUUGUCAUACAAUCCGAUCUCCGUGUUUCCACCGAUGGCGGAUGCGUUGACUAGACCGAGAUUUCUGGCGACGGCCGCUGGGGUGGCUGGUCUUCUGCCCUCGUCGUUCGCCGCGUUGACUCUGCCCGCGCAAAAUGUUUGCGCCAAGUGCAAUCUAUCAUUUCGGAUGACCUCCGACCUGGUGUAUCACAUGAGAUCACAUCAUAAGAACGAAAACUCCGGUGAAGCUGCCAGAAGGCGAAGGGAGGAGAAACUAAGGUGCCCUGUCUGCGACGAGAGCUUUAGGGAAAGACACCAUCUGACUAGGCACAUGACCGCGCAUCAGGAUAAGGAGAGCGACGCGAUCGUGGAUCAGGUCGAAGUGAAGAGACGAGCCACCACUGUUCACAGCAAGUGACGACGGAAAUCGUCGACAGAAGACACGAUACUGACCAGUGGCUAUUCGUUUGAAAAUUAAGAUGUUUCUUUUACGAAGGGGAGGAUAUGGAGUUUAAAUUUUAAGGACUUUGAGAACUUGGAAUUUGUUUCAGGCGUGUUAUUUUUUAUUGUUAUUUUAUUAUAAGGCUUGUUUAAUCUGUUUUCAUUCUGAUCAUUCAUCUAUGAGAAUUGAAAUUCGAUCGGACGAAGAUAAAUGCUCUUCCAGUUUUUUAAGAUAUCAUCUCCUAACAUACGUAGCUCGAUACACAGGAUCACUUAUUCUACCAUAAACUCCUCGUUAACCAAAUAUUCACGAGAUUUUUGCACUUGUCCAUUUUAACUGAAGUACUUCACGAGAUUAAUCGAUUACGACAUUUUACAUGGUAUACGUGUAUGAUAACGAACUAAUCGCUAGAAGCUUUACCGAUUAACUUAAGAGAUCUUACCUUUGCGAGAUAAGGUGAUAUUCCCUCUUUAGUCAAUAUUAGGUAGGAGAAAUUUGUAAAUAUCGCGAUUAAUCGUCGAUUGAUCGGACUUUAUCCUAGUUUUAAGGGUAUGAUAGAUCGCUCGAGUAUUGCUUGAAUCCCAAUUAUUUUCUUUUACGCCGUCACAAUUUUCGCGAUUUAAAAUAUUCUCAAUAUUUUUUUCCAGCUGGAAAACCGAACGUUUUGAUUCACGUUGGCUGGUAGGCAGGUGUGUCGAGGGGGUUGGAGCACAGGUGGGGCAGAGAGCGUGUUCUGGCGGGGCAGAACGCGACGUAAGCCGCGUUCAUUUGUGUGUCGGGGGUGGCGCGGCAAUAAAUAGAUCGUAAACCGUACCCCGGCUAACACACAAACCGGCGGAGCGCGCAUAAUGGUAGGAAACAAUGAAUGCCGUAAUCGGAAACAGUGCCGGUUUGUUAUCUGCCAUUUACACUCCAUUUAACUUCAAACAGUGAAUCGGCUGGCGCGCAUUCGCGUUUUAAAUACACGCGACCUCCGUAGCUAUCCCCGGCUCCACCCCCGCCGUGCCUCACCCGCCCCUAUGAUCCCCUCCUGCUCGACGUACGGCUUAACAUAGGGUUAACCUGCCGCUCGGAGUGGCUUAAUAUUGCCCGGAAUUGCUUGACUUAUCGCCACUUCCAUUCCUGGCUUAAUGUUUGCUUAUUUCAUCGCUCUGCUGAAUCGUGAUUCGCUCACCUGUGUAUUUCUGUUAUGUUUCCCUCUUUGGUCCUUCCUAUCGAGCACAUUGAUAAUUAAGAAUUUAUCAAAAGCAUCGGGACAGAGGUGAAAUAAAAUAAGGAAACAGAUGGGGUUCGAGCCAAUACAAACGAAUAAAUCUUUUUAAGGAUAAGAAUGAUAAAAAGCUACAGUAUUCUGUACAGCAAUAAUUGCAGUAGUGUGUAUAUAUAUUCGACCUCGAAGAUUUUUUUCAAUUUUAAUGAAAAAAAAAAUGAGGGUGUUCUUUCCUCGAUCGCUAAAGGAGACGUUAAUACUGUAAAAGCGACUCAUGGAAUAGUAUCUGUGGAAGUUCGACGUUAUCAAAUAACGAUUCUAUAUCGGAUCCACGGAUUUCUUAGAAUAUUGCGGCCCAUACGACGUUGUUCUAGAUAUAUGUGCACGAUGUAAGUCUGAUGUAAAUGACUCUUCAUACAGGUGUAAAAUUAUCAUCGGCGUUCUGUUUUGUUUUAUAAGAAUUAUUUAUCACGACGUGUCACGUUGUAUCGGUUCAAUGUAAAUAUCACUCUGUACAUAAGCACUGUAUGUAUUCGGAAUCGUUGUUAAUGAAUAAAAAGAAUAUCCGUGAAGAGAACUCUGCGAAUGUUAAACCUUAUCCACUUCUUCGUUUCGUCUCUUCUCCAUCUUAUAAAUUCUAUGGUUUCGUAGCAGAAGUUUAACGUUAUUCUACACCGUAUUUCAUUCGUUGUCCUUAAUUCCUCAUGGUAAUAACUCUCUCAUUCGGCAGAGGUAUUAAAGUUACUUUUUUUAAUUCGUUUCUCUUUUGUACGGUUGUCCCUGCACCGCCCAAAAGCCGAUUACACGGCAAUAGAUUAAUUUUUGACCACUUGAAAUCUCUCCCUAUUCGAAUAUUUUCGAACGUCGUUGUAUCGAUCGUUGUUUCCUAAGAAACCUUACUCGUAUAACGUUUCUUAGAAACGAUCGUAAAAAUUACAAUUACAAAGGAGGAUACUGACAAAUAUUCCAGCGAAAGUGACUUGCGCAAAUAUCGACUUGUUGAAUCGAACAUCCACGCUAGAAAACUCCCUGAAGACUAUUCAGGGAGGUAUCAGCCUCUCGAGAGAAAACCCACAGAGAAAUCCCCUAAACGGGUAACGUUAAGCCCGUCGAAACCGCAGCCAAUACAACAAACAAUCUCUUACCGCCCUCGUUUCGGCUUAACUUCGCCCCUUAACCCCCUACCCCGAGAAUAAGUGUACUUACCCUCUGCCCGAGGUCCAUAAAGAUAAAUAACACGAAGCAGCCCACGGGCUCCGGGAACAGUCAUAUCCCUUAUAAAACUAGGAAGAACCCCCUCGGAAAUUCCCAUCAUCCUCUUUCCACCGUGGCCUGCUCCUGUCUUCCAUUUAACGAGCAAAUCCAUCCCCGACGCUUCCGUUUCUUCCACGCUUUCGUCUUAUUAUCGUCGCCCUUCCAUCUCUACGGACUCGAUGCCGAAUUCGAGGAAUCGUUCUCUUACAGUCACGAAACGUUGACGAAAGUAUCAAUCGACGACCGCAACGAUUCAAUAAAAACGAAUCGCGGUAUGGAUGUGGAAGUGGAUUUGAAAGAGAUCCUGACCAUUAUGCUCGGUGGUUCGAUUUAAAAGGAGCAUCGCAGCCAUUCAUCCCUCUUGGUUCCGAUCAGACAAUCGGUCUUCCCACCCUUGUUAGCGAUACUUCACCGUGGAGAAUCGCGCGCAUGCUUGUUCUGUCAGUGAAAUAAUGACAAUGUCAUAGCUCCGGGCUGAUUUGCCACGGCGCCCUUGCCACGUGGGCGACGAUUGGACGCGGAUAUGCUAAUAUGGCGUCCGUUCCAAGACAUUAACUUCUCGGUUUGCCGAUUCUCGCCAGACGAGUCACGUCUUCGACGCGAGACCACAUACGCUACGUCGAUCAUUCGAUAUCUUCGCUUCUGUGUUCCCAUGAACGGAUCGAGCAAGACGUGACUCACCCUUACGUAUUUCAUCUUCCAUUGCAUUCGUUAAGAAACGAGACUUGCUUCGAAGAUUUGAACUUCUAUGUAAGAUACUGUAAUCGAAGAAGCACUUUAUUUUUGUAAAAAAGUAUACGGCCGAAAGUCAGAGUUUAUACGAGUGCUGGUAGAAAGAUGGGCCCCAAUGCCGUCGGUCACCCCGAUUCCCAAUUAGCCACGGUGUUUCGUCGCGAUUAUGUAACUUGACUGCGAACACGCAGCUUACAUCGGUCUCACGAUGAUCCCCGUUUCGGCGUAUCGAUCUCAAUCAGACGUUGCUAAACGAUUUUCACAACGCCACUUUUCUAGGACAUAUGCUUCGUUUCGCCUUUAAGCUUUUUCACACGCGAUACCAGAAGCAAUUACGAUGGAAAUACAUACAUUCGCUUGUAGUAUAAAAUACGGAAACGUGUCAAAUUUACCGAAUUUCUCAACCACGAGAAUAAACACACGUCCAGCAUAUCGCCGGUAUCGCUGAAUCCUUCUGUCCUGUCACGGGAGAUGGUAAAUCCGCGGUGAAAGGACAGCCGCCGAAUUCGAAGCGGAUACUGCGCACCGUUCGCGCAUAGUUUGCGGCUCGACAAAGAGCUGUCUGGGAAAAAAGCAGACCGCAGCGGUGUCGUGCGGUAGAGGCCGAAAUAGAAAGGACCGGCCAGGCGGGCAAUAAUUCGAAACAAAAUGUCAAGCGGCCACCAUUGUCGAGUGCGGUGGUGCGGUAGGCGCCAACUAGCGCCGACGAGAAAAUAUCGCCGACAGUAAAUCAAGGUGUAGAAGAGGAUUCACCACCUUCUCCCAUCCCCUGGCUCACACGCUCUCUUCCCUCCUGUCCCUUCCACCCUCGCAGGCCUGUUUCAUCCCUCUGCGGAUGGUCCAGCCGCACGAUCGCGCCCUCACCAGCUUCCGUUCCUUGUCACUGUGUGCUACGUGCGCCGCGGUGUUUCGUGUUGACGUUCAAGGUUACACGUUUGGAUAGUCGUUUGAGCAUUGAUAAAGUUCAGAAGGUACUUUUUCGUGAAUUCUGAGGAAGAAUAUCUUUUUUUCAAUUAACAUGGUUAAAAAAGGUGAACGAUUUUUUGUGAUAUCGAAGCAUAUGAGAGAAAGAGAGAGAGAGAGAGAGGGAGAGGGGAUGGUUGUACGGUGGAAAAAAGAUUUUCCAUCCUGCUUAAAUAUGUCCGACCGCAAAGCAAUAAAAUAUCUUUAUCUUACUCGUGCCAUUACUCCCUUGAUUCAGUGGGGUUCAAUUUACAUUCCUAUCGGGGCUUCGGAAAGAUAAGUCCAUUUAAAUAAAUUAGUAAUGCUAUCUCUUGGUCGGCGGCCCGGGGUGGCGUUUAAUAAUAUUUUAUCAAUUUUCGCGGCGAUUCGUUACGCGGUGACGCCGUUCACCAUUGUUCCGACGUACAAUUGCUCGAGUUUUAAACUUUACGCCUCGAUGAAUCAUCUUUCGCGAACCGAUUUGCCGCGUGAUAAGUUGCUGAAAAAGUUCUCCGCUGCCUCAAAAAACAUUUCGCGGAUCGAUGAAUCGCUACGUAGCGGAACAAUUUGUAGUUCUUACAUUUACACUUAUAUUUGUAGCUUUUAAAGGAAAAUUCGUUGGAAAAAAAUUGUAACGUAUCGGCUCUUUUUAUUAUUUUUGCCUACUACCAAGUAGCGU